UUGAUUGGCGGAUGAGUGCGCCUAUGCGGAGGAGAAGCUCCGCCAAUAGGCGGCGGGCGCCGGGCUGAGGGCGGUGGAGCGCGGCGGGGGUCCGGUAGCGGGAGCGGAGCGGGGCAGCAUGAGCGGGGUGGCGCGAGCGGCCUGGCGGGUGGGAGCCGCCGCGCGGGGCCGGGCCGGGCGCGCGCUGAGCCAGGCGGCCACCGGCGGUCAGGACGGCGGGGCCGGGGCCGGGUCGGGGUCCGGGUCGCGGGAGGCGGUGGAGCGGCUGGUGCGGGAGCACCCGGUGGUGGUGUUCAUGAAGGGCAGCCCGGCGCAGCCCCUCUGCGGCUUCAGCAACGCCGUCGUGCAGAUCCUGCGCCUGCACGGCGUGGAGGACUACCGCGCCCACGACGUCCUGCAGGACCCCGACCUCCGCCAAGGAAUAAAAAACUAUUCUAACUGGCCUACCAUCCCACAAGUAUACCUGAAUGGUGAAUUCGUUGGUGGCUGUGAUAUCCUCCUCCAGAUGCAUCAGAACGGAGAUCUCGUAGAGGAGCUGAAGAAGCUAGGAAUCCGUUCAGCACUUCUGGAUGCAGAAAAAGACCAAGACAAAAAGUAAAAUGAGCAAAAAAAGAUGCUGUGACAUGAAUAAAGCAAAUCUUCAAUAAGAACUUGUUACCAGUAAAGCCUUACGUACUUUAGCUCAAAGAAGGCAUCUUUUUUGAACUGACACUAAGAUUUAUGUGUGAAUGUCUGUUAGCCCAUGGUAAGUGUAGUAAUACUGGUAUUUUGAUUUGUGGAUAUUGUGAAAAUUUGAGUAUAACCGCUGCGAUGUAAAGCAUACACUUGUGGAAAUUUGUGUUUAAAAGAAAAAAAAGUUCACUUCUAAAAGCAGCCUCUUCUUGAUUGAGGUGGGAGUAAACCAAAAGAACUAAUAAUAUUUUUAUGGAUUUUCACUGUGUGUUUCUCUGUUCUUUGGUACACGAACCUACGCAAACGCGUUUGCAUUCCCUUGCUCUUCUCGGAAAAGUGUUAAAUAAUAGUGCAUCAGUUUUGCUAUAUAACUCCUGGUGAUAAGAUUUCCUGAGAGCCUGUAAAACUUCUGUAAUCACAUGUGAUAUGUGAGAAAAAUAGUCUUCAAACAAUAUAGGAUGAAAAAGAUUAUGUGAGUGCAUGAAACAUACUUUUAUUCUAAAGGAUAAAAUAAACCGACUUGUACAAAUACA